AGCCGCCCUGGGAGAUUUCAUGAGAGCUUCAACAGUAACCAACCAUCAGUGCUUUAUCCCGACGAAUUGGAUUUGGCACGGAGAGCAAAACCUCUUGCUACCUACUACUCGCUUCUAUACCGUGCCGGAUCUAUUUACGUGUCGCUAAUUCACCACCACGAGACUCUUACCCUCAUAUCCCACCUCUCCGAUACUCGCAGAUGAUAUUGCACACACACCCCCCUUCCUAUUCACAAUGAGUUUCGUACCUUUAAACCCGCGGCCUAUGCUGCAAUCUCUUGUCAACGAGGAUAUCAUCGUGCGCCUGAAAUGGGGCCAGACAGAGUACAAGGGCCAGCUCGUCAGCGUUGAUUCAUAUAUGAAUAUCCAGUUGUCGAAUACGGAGGAAUUCAUUGACGGGAAGAGCACGGGUAGUUUGGGGCAGGUUUUGAUACGGUGUAAUAAUGUCCUCUGGAUAUCGGCCGCGAAAGGCGUGGAGAUGAAAGACGUCCAGAUGAGCGAGGGAUAAACGACACCUGUACAAGAAGAAAAAAAAUAUAUAUAUAUUUACAAAAACAGCAAAGAAAAGAUGAGAUUACCGAAAAGGUUUCCAACGAACGAUCAGACAAAAUCUGGGCGACAUUCUGGCGCGUUUGCGUUGUUUCGUUUUUUGCUCUUGAUUUUUCAUUUUUUUUUUACUUUUUUUUUUUUCUUUGAUUGUUGAUUGUUGUUACGCUCACGAGGGAUAAACGAACUCGAAAAUAUUUAAAUCGCUUGGACCUUUGCUUUCAGUUUUUACCUACGUUUAUUUUUAUAUAUUUUCUAGUUGGAGCCGGGAGGAAGGGAGAAAUGGGCCUUAAAUGGUUAUGGAUUUCAUAUGUUGAUUCCAUUUAUGCUGAGGCAUGGUUGAGGCCGCGACACUGCCGCCUGUUUCAUGGGGGAAAGGGGAGGGAAAGAGGUUGGCUCUGGCAGCGAGGUUCCGUAUGAUGAUAGUCAACAGUUACGAUUUUAGAUAGAGGCUAAAUAAAGCGAAUCAAGACGUCUCUUGACAGCCUGCGUGCUUGCGUGUGUGCGUGCGUGCGUGCGUGCUAUAGUAUAGUAGUGUAUAGUUAUAUAUUCACCAAGUGUCAACAAGUAAAAGUAGUCGGAAGGUAAGAAGAAGGAUUUGCCAACUGGUGUUCCGUGUCUCCAAGUCCAUGCGCGUUGCGGAGGUAAUCCAAGUGUCGUU